AAAUCUACCAUUUUUCGCGAGCUACGACGUUUUUUGAAAGGUCCUAUUCACAAGCCAGAGUUCACAACAUAGCAUUAGCUAUGCCUGUCCCAUCAACUACCACAUCCAGCACCCUUCCCAUCGAAGCUCCAGACAAAGAGUCCCUUAUAAAACGCAAUCCUCACGCCGACUUCCCCGCCGUCCAAGCCUCCCGCCCCUCCUAUCCAGCUCCCUCCUUCACCUACAACAAAACCCCAAAUCCAGACUGGCUCCCCGGCACGGGCGCCUCCAACUCCUCAUGGCGCCAACACCCCCUCCGCGCCGUCGACCCAAAUGGCCCGGGGCGCGCAACAGUCCAGAACUACAAACUCAUGAUCUCAACGACCAUCCCGCGGCCCAUCGCGCUAGUAAGCACAGUCUCAAGCACCGGCGUGAAGAAUAUAGCACCGUUCUCUUUCUUCCAGGCCGUAAGCAUGGACCCGCCGCUGUACUCGCUCUCUUUCGUAGGCGAGGACCCAAAUGAUAGCCUCAGAAACGUGCUGGAGAGCGGCGAGUGCUGCAUAAGCCUGGUUAGCGACUGGUUCAUUGAAGCCGCGAACUAUACGUCUAUCAACACGCCACCUCAUGUUUCUGAGUGGGAGCCCGCAGGGCUUAGCCAGGUGGCUAGUCAGGUGGUGAAGGCGCCGCAUGUAGGGGAGAGUGCGUUCUCGGUAGAGUGUAAGUUGCAUUCGUCGCAGGACAUUGUGGGGAAAAAUGGGAAACGAUCGGCCACAUUGGUGCUGGUGGAGGCGGUGAUGUUUCAUUGUAGGGAGGAUGCGGUAGAUGAGGCAGGAGUGACUGCGAAUCCGGCGGUUUUGAGAGCGGUUUGGAGGGGCGGCGGCAUCACGUAUGGUGUUUGUACGAAUGCGUGGGAGCUUCCAAGACCGGGGGCUUGGAGGGACGAGAGGGAGAGGGAGGAGGUAAAGAAGCUUGAUAAAAAGGUCAAUGGAGUAGCGUAGAGGGUAUUCUAUCUCUCGUGUACACUUGUCGGCCACUGCUUGAAGUGCUUCAUCCAGUUUCCAUACAGUCCAAGGGGAAGAGCUUCUAUCCCGUUCAAACUUCUGAGAAUGCAUUGAAGGACCCCAAGCAGUGGCGUACACGCGUACACAUCCACCACGGCUUGUUCAAAUUAAGAGUGCCCACUUUUAUGCCUCGCGUGGAGGGAUUAGGUUCGAAGAUAAU